AGGACCAUCGAUGAUCCCUUCAUCGAUUUGGAUCAGAAGGCGGCUUUGUUCACCUUGCUGCGCACGGCAGCAGAGGCGGAACUGGAGAUCGAGGACGCGCGCUACAAGUUGUGUGAGAUGUGUGACUUCAACCCCAUGGCGGCCUUUCGAUGCAUACAGGGUCCAAGUAUCAAAGGCUGGUUGAGCGCCAGCGAUCUGCAUCUAUGGCUGCAAUCGCAGCCACAUCCAGUGACAGGCUAUGUGCUGGAGGACGUGCUGGCCAUCGUCAAGUUGCGCACAGGCACCCUUGAGAUUUUUCCUGAGGAUUUUGUGCGAAUGACCACACCCACGUUUCGUUCCAGCGGUUGGUUAAAGGAGUUGGCGCUGGCCCGCGGCGCCCGGCCCGGCCAUAUGCCGCCCGAGGUGAGUUACAGGCUCUGUCAGCUCUUCCUGGUGGAACUGGACUUCGUGAGCCGUCUCCGAUUUCAUCAGCGAAGGUUGCGGCAGGUGGCGAUCUCGGGCUAUGCCAUCAUGAAAUACCUCGAUGCGGAUGAGGGCUUCUGCGCAGGCAUGGGUGGUCUCCUGUGCUCGUCCGCGGUGCGUUCCUUGCUGAUGCGCGGUGUCCCGGGAUACGCACGGCCCAUGGAAUCGAUGUUAUGCGACGCCCUGCUGAAACGAAUCAACCCUUCGGACGCAGCAUUCUUCCCAGCCGAUGCCCUGGGUCGGCUCUUGGACGUGCUGCUGCCCACCGCAGGAUGGACCGCGGAGCGCGCAGCCUUCGAAAGCUAUGCCUAUGAUCGUCCGCGCAGCCCCAUCCGUGUGCCAGCCACGAGCCCUCCGCGUUUGGUGAGUCCUCGACGCUCCGAAAGUCCCAGGUCUAGCCGCGGCUACCUGGGCAGCCCGGUCCGUCGCAACUUGGACUAUGAACCCAUCAGUCCUGCGCGGAGCGUGCGAAGCCCCGCGAGUCCCGUGACGCCGCUACCGGACUACUUGGUGCCAGAUCGACGUCCUCCACGGCAUGCGGGGCAAAAACUCUAUGAGUCUUGGACCAACGCGACGCCAUCGCCCAAAUCGCCCAUGAGGACCACUGGAAACUGGAUCAGCGAACUGUCCACACAAGACCCUGGACUUUCGAUGGAACGCAGCCUUGAGAGUUUCCUUCCUUCUCCGUCUCGCAGUUUCAACGGCUCCUUCUUGCGGGAGCCAAGUCUGGAACGCUUCAGAGCAGGUUUGACCUCUCCGACCAUGGACAGCUUCAGGCAGACCAAGCAUUUCCUGGAUAUGCGCGAGCAACGCGCCGUACAACAGACCUUGAUGGUCAUGGCGCGUAUCGCCAAGUUGGAUUCGCAGGUGGAAGAUCUGAAGUCGCUGAUGCCAGCGUGUUGCACUGUGGAAGAGGUUUUUGCUGAGCUUGACACAAUGCGCGCGGGAUACAUCAAUUUAAGCGAUAUUCGGCGCUUCAUGUUUGGCUACGGCAUGACGGUGAAAUACGCCUCGUUCACCACCAUGGUCAAUGAGCUCCACCUGCGACGAAAGAUCUUCGCGCAGCACGCGCUGAAAGGCGAGCCGGACGUGCGGUGGGAGGGUUUGCACCUUGGCGCCAUACGGUUGGCUGGAUUGGCCGUGGACGGCCUGGUUCCUUCGUUAGCACAAAGCCGUGGAACGGCUGCUUCGCACGAGGAUGAUCUGCAGAUGUACCAACAGAAGGUACAAAUGGUGUUAACAGUUUGGCCGCCGAACAGAAUCUCAGAGCUUGUCACUAGGCUCAUUCUGAAUACAUCAGGGUCUGCAUUUGCUAAGUUGCAGCUGCACCACACUGAGUUAAGUACGAAUGAGGCCAAGUCCGUGCACAAGCUCAUCGAGCACCUCGGAGGACACUGGGGCCAAACAGGCCUGGAACGCCGUUUUUCAGAUGCUGAGAAGGCUUUGUAUCAGUGCAAUCAACAAUCGGAUGAAAGCCAUGACUCAUACUUAGCACGUGCAGACGUGCUCUGGUCGAAGCUUUCCAGUCAGAAACUGCAGAUGGAAGAUCUCCAAGCGUAUAUCACGCUUCGGGGAGCAUCGCUCACGAGCGAGGACAAGAAGCGAAUCAUUCUGGAUUCCGACCAGUCGUUGGAUGGAAAACUGACGAUAGGCCGUGUUCGUGAAGCAGUGAGAAUGCUUGGUACUUCGUUCUUCCAGGAGAUGACCGGACAAGGACGCAAGACAGUCAAGACAAAGGUGUAUGACUCCAAUGUUUUGCUGACGGAAGAUCAAGAGCCAUCAGGUGACAUGGAUGACCAGGUACAUCAGGUUCACCAUGAAGACUUUGAUGAGGACGAGAUGAUUGAAACACUGCUUGCCGAAGGUGACAAUGAUGCCGCAUUUGUGGCUGACUAUGAAGCAGCCGCCAGUGAAUUGCUGCAGUCUGAUGAUGAACUCUCCACGGCAUACACGUCGUAUGUCGAAGCCCGCAGGAAGCUCAGUGAAAAGUUUCGAGCCAGAGGCUUUUUUCCAAUCGGAAAGGGAAAAUCCAAGUUUGGCAAAGGCAAGGCCAAAGGCCGAUCCAACUGGGGAAGAAAAAGUUUGCAGCAGAGAAUCCUGGAAAGCCACUGUAGAUUGUGUGGUCGCAAAGGCCACUGGAAGGGGGAAUGCCCUUCUCGAUCAUCAAGCAACUCUGGGACAUCACAGUCCGCUGCAGUGACUCUUUCAGUUGCAUCUCCGACCACUGGAUCAGACCAAGUGAUGGCAGCCGAGUUCAUGGAUCUUCCUCUGGUGUCUGAGGAAAGCCCGCAGGACACCGUGAUUGCACACAUGCCUGCGGCAGAUCAGGAGACGCUCGAUGGUCUCAAGCUGAGCGACAUCAAGGACACUCCAGUGACGUUUGGGAAGACCCACCUGGGCAAAACACACGAGGAAGUCUGGCGUUCCGAUCCGGAAUGGGUGAAAUGGUUCAUGAGCCACUACCAGAAGAGCACUCGGACGGAACACCGUCUCAUGAUCAAGUUCAUUCACUUGAAAGUGGAAGAGAGCGAGGCCGGGGAAGUCAACAAUCCUCCAGUGUGUGCCAAGCCAAAGGGACUUCCCAAGUCCUUGGCUGCCAAAGCCAAGAGCAUGCCCAGCCCAAGCAAUCACUGGCAGUUGCCAGUGGAUCCAGAGAUCGAAGCCUUCGAGAUGAUGUCCGAGGGUCCGAUGCCGCCGCAUCCAGAAACCACGGAACUAGCAGAGAAUGUCCAUGCCCUCCAAGAGAGAAUGCUGAACCUGGAGAAUGCCAUGCAGCGCAUGAUCGCGCUGAUGUCCCAAAGUGCCAACAACCAGAUGCAGAACCACCAGGCCAUGUCGACCCACGUGAUCUCCAAAGCACUGAGGGCCGCCGUAGGUUCCACCGUGUGGCAAGGAGAAUCGAUGUUGCGUUCCGAGUUCACAGAAAACUAUCCAAGGAAGUUCAGUCGCCUGGUUGCCAAGACGUUGAUCAAGAACAAAUUUCCACAGGAAAAGCCACUGGGAACAAUCGCUGAUCCAGCCUUAAUCCUAUUUGACCAACUCCAUAAUGAAGUUUUUGCAACAGGUGCCAAAGAACGUCCUCCCAAGCGAGUGCGAUUGAAUCCGACUCGGGGCCACAAGACCCCUGCUGCAACUGGCGCAUCCGACCGGUCCGGAACUGCCAAGAGACCUAAAGUGGUCACCGAGAACCCGUCCGAACAACCGCCCAAGUUCCAUGACUUUGAACCUGCAUCCGAGCAAAUCCAAAAGAUGAUGAACAAAAUCGAACCAAUUCUUCCACGGGUAGGCAGAAAAGUGCUUGACCAACCAGAACUUUUGAAGAAUGCCAAAGAGAUUUUUGUUGACAUGGACAUCAAGAAGAUUUUGGCCUGUAAGGGGACUGAUCGUAGGCUAGGACCUCCACUCAACAUGCAUCCGGAAGAAGCCCCGUAUCGUAGAUCCAUCCUGAAAGUUCGAGUCACUCUUGAACAAUCACUGACAGAACCGCAGGAACAUCCCGAAAUGUCUACUCCUGACACUUCCAAAGCAGCUGAAACAAAUGAGGAUGUCAGAACCACCACCAAAAACCUCACACACGAAAUCCCACAGCAGGAGACCUCAGACAUGGAAUCGCAUGGCCCACGUUUCCGUGCGUUACCUCGAGAAGAGCAAGCCAUGUUGAAGAGAGCACACAAAAAUUUGUGCCAUCCAAGUCCAGAGCAGCUGAGCCAGGUGUUGCGCAGCCAAGGCAGAGCAGCCGAGCAAGCUGUACAGAAGAUCUCCGAAGCGUGGUUUCAAUGGGCUGGACCUCCAAAUGCAAUGAUCAUGGACUCGGCCACAGAGUUCACCAGUGAGAAGUUUGAAGAAUUUCUUCAAAGACAUGAUGUCAAAAGUACAGUUACGUGCCCAAAUGCUCACUGGCAGAACGGUAGAAGUGAAAGACAUGGCCAAAUCCUUCAAUCCAUGCUGACCAAGAUUGAUGCCGAAAAUCCUAUCCUUUCUGUCCAUGACAUGCAACAAGCCCUCAUCCAGUGCACCCAUGCAAAGAAUACCUUGAGCAUUCGCAGAGGUUUUUCCCCUGAAGUAUUGGUGUUCGGCAAAAGCUCUAAAAUUCCUGGUUCCAAUGUGAGCAGUGACGAAGUUUCAGCUCACGAAAGUGCCAUGAGAGAAGAUGCCCAUGGAAUCAUGUUUCGCCGGAACCUUGCUCUGCGCGAGAAGGCGAGAAUUGCAUAUCAUCAAGCCGACAAUGAUAUGGCACUGAGAAGAGCCUGUCUCCGCAGAUCGAGUCCCAAGAUCAACCUGAUGGGGAACCUGAUGAAAGCCCUUUUGAACUGCCCACCAAUCAAGAGCGAAAUGAUGAACCAGCAGCUCAUGAACCAAAUGACCCUGAGCCAGAAGGUGCUGAUGAUCUCAUCACAACGCGAGCCGGACGUGCGGUGGGAGGGUUUGCACCUUGGCGCCAUACGGUUGGCUGGAUUGGCCGUGGACGGCCUGGUUCCUUCGUUAGCACAAAGCCGUGGAACGGCUGCUUCGCACGAGGCUACCACGGUGCCCCUGGAAGGGACUGGAUUUUGGCGCAGUGGACGGUUCUUGAGUGCAGUGAUGGAUGCCACCAGCGACGACGAAGCGAAAUCAGUGCUAUACUUGCUUCGUUCCUCUGAGCCCUGCCCGGGCUGCGGCUUCCGGGCGCAACGCUCCGCGGAGUGUGCGGGAUGCCCUAGCGUCACGUGUCCCAUGUGCAGGACUCCAUUCAAAUGCAACUUCGUGGUGGGCGACCGUCCUGAACCAUGCUACCCGCUGACAUCCACUGCCAAGACCAACCUUUACCGCCUAUUGGGAGGAACCAUGGAGGCCGCGGACGAGCUGGAACGGGGGCGACGAGAGUUGGCAGCCUACCUGACACAUGAGAUUUGUGGCCUUUGUGACGUUUUCACAGCUUUGGCCUGCGGACGAGAUAGCUUGGGCUUUAGUCAGCUGGACCUGCGAAAGGCCUACGCAGCACAGGGCCUGCCAUGCCCCACGGGAGAGCAAUGGGACCUACUGUGGCGUCGUUUUGCCGCGCCCAAUUCAAACUCUGUAUCCUUCCUGGAUUUCAAGAGCCAAUUGCAACCAUUUCUUUGA